AUGAUUGAUUUGUAUAUCCAGUGGUGUGAUGACUAUACUGCUACAGAGAUCUCUAGGCCACGAUACAGUAGUCCCUAUUCUUGGCCCCUCAAUCACAUUCUGGCCUAUCAGAAGCAGUGGGAGGUACGGAGGAAGAUGAAUGCAAUUGGAUGGUCUGGAAAGAGUCUGGAGCAGGUGUAUGAAGAUGUGAGUCAGUGCUGCCAGGCCUUGUCACAGCGAUUGGGAACACAGCCCUACUUUUUCAACAAACAGCCAACUGAACUAGAUGCUCUAGUGUUUGGUCAUCUUUUCACCAUACUCACCACACAACUGACCAACGACGAGCUUGCCGAAAAGGUUAAAUCCUACACCAACCUGCUUUCCUUCUGCCAUCGUAUUGAACAGGCUUACUUUAAGGAGCACGACCGAGAGAGCCAGUCGGGGUCCUCGCGCCAUUCCAAAGGCUCACUACCCUGAGCACCUCACUUUGCCCAACAUUUCUCACUCCUCUGAUCUGAAGUGAUUGAUCUGGCUGAAAUGAUUGAUGUCUUUAAUGUCCUAUGUGCAUUAAAAGAUUGUUAGUUCUGUUGAGGCUAAACCAUAUUUAUAGAUCAGUAGGAUGGAGAAAGGGCCAUUAUAUAAAAGUUUGUGAAUAUUUCAAGUGUUCCCAACACAAUUCCAAACUACUUCUUUGCCUGUUCACAAUGCCAUACCAGGAACCUGCCUGCUGCAACAGUAGAAUUAGAUCUCUUAUAUAAAAAUGUAGUUGACGUAAAUCUUUUUUUCCACUGUGUGAUGCCUUUGUCUAAAAUGAUGUGUACAUGGAAAGUGCCUACACUAUGAAGUAUAAUAAACUUCAAGUUUAGACUCAA